AUCAACAACAUCAACAAAAUCAACAAAAUCAACAAAAUCAACAAAAUCAACAAAAUCAACAAAAUCAACAAAAUCAACAAAAUCAACAAAAUCAACAAAAUCAACAAAAUCAACAAAAUCAACAAAAUCGACGAAAUCGACAUGGCACCAAUCAAGGACUCAAUCGUUGCAAUUGUUCUACUCUUCGUCGCAACAGCUGUCGCUGCACCGUUUCCAGGCGCUUCUACCAAUGCAAACGAUCCCUCCUGCGCACCCGGAGGAAACUUCGACUUGAAAUCGUUCAACCUGCAGCUGCCCACUGGUAGCGCCGGCAAAGUUGACCAAAUCACUGGCUCCAAGCUCUCCGGAUGUGAUGGCUGGUCAUCAUCAAAAUACUUUUACACCUCUCCGUCCGGUGCCUUGGUUAUGAAAGUGCCUUCGCGCUCUGAAUGCGUAACCACGCCGAACAGCAAGCACUGCCGUACCGAGCUGCGAGAAGCCUCACCAAGGUCUUGGGACCCCAAGAAGAAUGUGAAUCUUCUGAAAGCAAAACUGUCGGUGCCCAAGCCAGACAACUCAAAGUACGGCACCGUGGUUGGGCAGGUGAAGGUCGACGACAGCAUCUCAAAGAAACCCGUAGCGGAGCUGUUCUACAAUCGCUCCGGCACAUUGACCAUCGGUGUUUCCCAGAUUCCGGAUGUCAGCAGCCUCAAGAUGACUGAAGUGGGGCGUGUCGACGUGGGCAAGACUUUUCAAUAUGAACUGAGGUACGAAGGAGGUAAGCUCAGCCUGCAGAUCGACGGUGGAGAGAAGAAGAUCAUGAGCAUUGGGAAGCUGAGUAGCCCAAAGAGCUACUUCAAGGUCGGCAAUUACAACCAAGGAAGCGAGCCGAGCGAGGUGGUUUUCUACGACAUUAAGGUCACGCAUGGCUGAGGUCCAUUGUUAUGGUGAGGAGAAUAAUCGCUCUGGUAGCGAUCAGGUUGUUUUUGUA